GAUAAUGAAACAAAGGGUUUAGUUAAGCAUUCGCCGUCGCGGAGAGACCAAACUAAGAACUAGGGCUUAUAUACGAGGAAGAAGACGAAGACUGCGAAGCCCAGAAUUUCACUAAGAGAGAAGCUAUGAAAUCAUUGAGAGUAGAACAAGUAUUGAAAGAGAAGCAGACCCAUGACUCCGAUUCCGUCAAGGAACUCACUCUUGGCCAGAGAGCUCUCUCCGACGUGUCUUGCUUGACCAAGUUCAGAAACUUGGAGAGACUCGAUCUUCGCCUAAACAACCUUACUUCUCUUCAGGGAUUGAAAUCUUGCGGGAAUUUGAAGUGGCUAUCCGUUCUGGAAAACAAAUUGCAGAGCUUGAAUGGCGUUGAAGGACUCUCUAAGCUUACAGUGCUAAACGCAGGAAAGAAUAAGCUUAAGUCAAUGAAUGAGGUCUCUUCUCUUGUGAGCUUACGUGCCUUGAUUCUAAACGACAAUGAAAUUUCCUCCAUUUGCAAGCUAGAUGAAUUGAAAGACUUAAACACUCUCGUUCUCUCUAGAAAUCCAAUCAGUGACAUCGGUGAUGCGUUUUCCAAGUCAAAAAAUCUCUCGAAAAUUUCCCUGUCGAAUUGCAGAAUCCAGGCUAUCGGCUCUUCCCUCAAGUCAUGCACUGAACUGAAGGAGCUCCGACUCGCUCACAAUGAAAUCACGGCUCUCCCGACUGAGCUAACCCUCAACGAGAGGCUCCGGAACUUGGAUGUGGGAAACAACAUGAUCAUGAAAUGGUCUGAUCUGAAGGUUUUGGGUUCGCUCUCUAGCUUGCGAAACCUCAAUUUACGAGGAAAUCCAAUCGAUGAAAAUGACAAAUUAGCUAAGAAGGUGACAAAGUUACUUCCCGGGUUGCACGUAUUCAAUGCUAAACUGUUAGGUAAAAGCUCGAGGAAUGAAAAGCAUGGCCAAGUCGAUAGCGGAGAUGAAGAGCUAGAUGCCCCUCGUAACAAGACCGAAGAACAACCCAAAGAAGAUCAAAAAAGCGAAAAAAGAUCCAAGCACAAGAAAUCUGAAGAGAAACCACAAGAAGAACAAAAGAGCAAGAUCUCCAAGCGCCGCAAUUCAGAAGAACUUUCGGAAAAGAGCAAGAAUCUUUGCUCUGGCGGGAAAGAUCUUUCGGGCAAAGGGUUAGACGGGAAGCAGAAAAGAGAGAAGGAAGAAAGACCUGAAGCUGGUCGGGAGAAAAAGAAAAGGACCCGAGCAGAGGAAGAACUCGACAUCAUAGACGACGCAGAGAUCUCUUUUGCAGAACUCUUUGCGAGCACCGACAUGCCAGAGAGCUCUGUGAAUGAGCGUGAGAAGAAGAGAGUCGGGCAAGAGAAGACGGGCUUAGCGGGCGAUAUUGUCACUAAACCGAGCAAGAAAACGAAUACGGGCAAGAACAGGAAUAAGGGUACGGUCCUCGGGUUUCCUCCAGAGACCGAGAUCGGGAUAGGCGGAGAGUCCACGUGGGGAUGAACUCGGAGACAAGAACUCCAACGGCUAGUGAUAUUCUUGAACUUCUCAUUUUUGGUUAUGAAGUUUCCAUAUUUAGCAAGUUGUUAGUGUUGAGAGAGUUUCUGUGGGAGAGGAGGAGAAUGUAAACUCUUGUGGGUUUGAUAUUGUGGUACGCAGGGUUAAAUUUUAUAUAUAUA